UCCAUCCCAGACUCUCCUCCUCCCCGCGCAGAGCGUGCAGCGCCUGCAUACAUAGCUGGCGUCCCGUGGCAAUUCCUCUCUAUUUGGAACUUAAACUUUCAACUCUUUGCAUGCUAUUGCAAAACAGACCUGUGGUAGGCGUGGACUUGUGUGCGUCAGUUUGUAUUUGUAUUUAUCUUGUUCUUCGGGUGGCGGUCGGACUCUCCUGCGGACAGCCUCACCUUAAAACGGACUGGACCAGUGAAGAUAGAACGCAUCGGGAGUUAGUGUCUGGAAACUUUUGUCAUCAUGACCAUGCAAGCAGCGGUCAACCUCGAUACCUACAACCUUUCUCUGCUCACCGCCAAGGAGGAUAUUCUCAAUCCCCGCUCGUCCACCAACUGGGCUUUGUUCACAUAUGAAGGAAUCAGCAACAAGCUCAAACUGGCAGACUCUGGAGCGGGUGGUGUGGCAGAGCUGGCAGGAAAGUUUCACAUGGCCAAGCCCCAGUAUGGUCUCUGCAGAAUCGGGACGGCGGAGACAGGAGGCCCGUGCAUCGCUAUGAUCAGCUGGAUGGGACAAAAUGUGGAUGAAUACCGCAGGACGGAAUGUUCCAACCACAUGGCCGCCAUCAGGAACUUCUUCAAGGAGUCCCAUGUGUUUAUCAGUGCAGAGAAGGUGGACGAUGUCACAGAGGAGUUGAUCGCAGCCGAGCACAGUAAAGUUCAAGCGCGAGCGCCAAUGGAGCGAGUCAGAAGGAGCUCCCGGUCUGCAGAGAAAGAAGAGACAGUGGGCACCAACUACAGAAAAACAAACGCUGCUAUGGAGAUGAGGAGAAUCAACAGAGACUCCUUCUGGGCAUGUGCAGAGCGCGAGGAGGAGCAGCGAAAGGAGGAGGAGAGGAGGCGUAUGUUGGAGGACAGAAGGCGUCUAGAGAGGGAAAGAGUUCAGAACGAACGCAGGGAAGCCGAUGAGAGAGAUAGGAAGAUGAACGAAAAGCUCCAGAUGAUUGAAGAGCAGAGGAGAAAAGAGGCACAGAAAGAAGAAGAGUUACGCGGGCAUGAGAAAUCAAGAUGGGUGCAGCAGCAGAGGGAGCAUGAGGACAACAUGAGGGCCCGUCUGAAGAGGAGUGAGUCCAUAGAGAUGGCAGCGGAGGCAGCAGUCCUGGUUUCCCAGCGCUCCAUGAACCCUCGGGAGUUCUUCAGACAGCUCUCUUCCUCGUCUAAGAGCCCCCUCAGCCCCACAUCUCCCCGCAGUGGUACAGGCAGACCCCCGGCACGGCGCUACCAGCGCAGCCUGACGGACACGGCCUUCAUCUUCUCCAAGGCCCCCGAGGACAGCUCCCCUCGCAGCCCCCCGUUCGUCUCCCCCUUCUCCCGGGGGCCCGCCUCUCCGAUGUUCCGCUCGCCCCCGCCCACCAGCCCCGACUUCCAUCCUUCGCCCCAGAGCCGCCCGCCCCCGGCCAAGUCCCCGCCCCCUUCCCCCGUGCACCCCGGUCCCCCGGACUCGGCCCCGCCCAGCCUUCCGUCUCCCGCGCUGCAACCGUCCGCCCCCCCCGCCUCGCUCCUGGCGUCCUGUCCCCCGGGAGACGACAGCGCCUCACCCGCCCACGCAGGGGAGACCACGCCGAUGACACCACUCGAGAGCCAGGCCUCCCAGGCCCUCGGCCCGGGUCAGGCGUGGGCGGUCCGGGCCUUCUCCCCAGUCCAGGUUGAGGUGGACCCAGUGCCACAGGCACCCAGUGCGCCACUUCCCGUCAGUCCACAGCCCAACAGAGACCUCCAUGCUGCCACUCCGGUGCACACCGAGCUGGACUCAUGCUACAUAGCACAGGCUGUGUUGGUGGAGGAAGAAGAGGAAGAAGAGGAGAAUGAAGUAGGGAAGGGUGAAGAUGAACCCGCGCCAGAGCCCCGACCCCCUCCUACCGCCCCGCCGCACUGUCAGCCCGUCGCAGUGCAGAGAGAGGAGCCGACGGCCCAGGAAUCGGACACAGAACCAGAGGCUGCUGUGGAAGGACCAAUAGUGAUGGAGGCGGAAGACGGGGGGGCGGAGGAUGAAGAACUGGGGAACGACCAACAGCAUUGUGCUCUGCUCCCGCAAGAGUCAAGCAUGUUGGUCCACUUGGAGGAAGAGCCGGGGCUAGAAGUGGCCGAUACGGAAACGAAUGGACAGCAAAUCUCACAGGCUACGGUGAUUGUAUCAACCAAUGGCUUCACAAACGGGGACACUGUGGAAGAAAACGGCAUAGAACGAUCCCUAAGUCCAUCGGACACCGAGCUCAGCUCCCCAGAGCUGUCUGGGUGCUACCACCUCGAACCCGUCAAGGGAGAAUACAUUAAAGUGGAGGAGAAGGAAGAGGAAGUUGAGGAGGAGGAGGCGGAGGAGGAGGAGGAGGAGAAGGAGGAGAAAGAGAAAGUGGAGGUUUAUGAGAAUGGACAAGAGGAAAUUAUGGAGACACAAAUGUGCGUGAAGGCCCUCUAUGACUACCAAGCGGCAGACGAAUCUGAGAUCUCCUUUGAACCCGGCGACAUCAUCAGUGAUGUGGAGACGGUGGACGAAGCCUGGUGGAGUGGCUGCAGCAAAGAUGGUCAACAAGGCCUGUUCCCUGCCAACUAUGUGGAACAUAUUUAGGAAAAUAUUCACAUGGUCGCAACAAGACACACACACACCCAAUUCAUUUAUCAUAACAUACACCUUUUUUAUUUACAUUAUUCCAGCACUGUAAUGUUGUUAUAUAUGUUCCAAGAUGUAUUUGCAGAGCAAUACAUAUUUUACAUUCGUAAGACAGUCACACACAGCCCUAAAGAAAUAUAGAGCACAAUGAGCAACUUUUCAUAUAUUCAAUAAACCAUGUAUAAUUCACUCUCCGAUGCAAACAUUAAUUUGUUUUAAUCCAAUGUGUAUUGCUCUGAAACCAAUUGUAAGUCUCUUUGAAUAAAAGCGUCUACUAAAUGCCUUAAAUGUAAAUGUGUGGAGGUUAAGAUUUUGAUCCCUGCUCGGAAAUAUUCUAAAUUAAUUUACUUUUUGUUUUGUUUUUGUCUUUAUUAAAUAUUAGUAUGCCUAUAUUUAAGACCGCUAAAGAGGGGCUAUGUUACAGUAUUGUGGUUGCUUUUUGUAUAGGGUAUGUAAUAACAUCUGUGGUCUGUUCAGAUUCUCUAAAUGCUUCACAGUGGUGUUCAGAGCCUGCAUCACAACAGGACAAAAGAUUGACGUAUAUGAGCACUGAUUUUAGAAUCUGCUUUUCUCCACUCUCUCCAGUGUAAUUCCGGGGAAAAUUGAACCCAGGCUCACAGUUUUGGUAUGUAAACACAUCAAAUUAGCCCCCCAGAUACUUUCUCCAUUAUAAAUCGAGGAUAGAGUUUGCGCAGCGCAAUUUUUGGCCCCCUUGUUAUGGCUAGGGGCAUAGCGAACGCUUCCAUAUCUGCAUCUACUUGACCACUAAUAUAUCUCAAAAUUGCACCAAACCUCUCCAGUAGCAUUAUUAGGGUCGCUACACAUAAAACUAAGCAUCAACAACUUAGUUAGCGUAACGGGAGUUUAUUAAAAAAAGACUGUUUUCCAAGUCUGUGCAAUUACCGGUAGGUCCAUGUUUCCAGGAAGUCAACACAAGUCGAUUACCGGCUACCGUAAAUAAUAUAAAAGAGACGCCAACAAAUUUUACUUAACGGUCUCCCCUCUUGAUACUUGGAAGUUUUGAAUUUGUUUGCGUCUCUUUUGGAACAUUGACCUACCGGUAAGGCACAGAAUUGGAAAACCCGCUACGCUAACUAAGUUGUUGACGCUUCGUUUUAUGUGAAGGGACCCUAAUCAUGCAAUUGCAGAGGUUUGGUGGUAUUUUGAGUUACAUUAGUGGUAAAAAAAGGCCGAUAUGAAAGCGUUCGCUGUGCCCCUAGCCAAUAACAUGGAAGCAAAACAUUGCGCCGGGCAAACUCCAUACUCGAUUUUCAAUGAAAAAAAAGUAUCUGGAGGGCUUAUUUGACAAGUUUACAUGCCAAAACAAAGACCCUGGGUUCAAUUAACCCUUCGGCCGGGAUUACACUUUAAUAAUAGCUUGCAUUUUGUUCAUGAAUGUGUUUUGUUCAUUAUACCAUUACGUUUGUUAUCUCAUUCUUCUUAAGCUAUUUGAUUUCUGCAGUAAAUUGACACUAUUGACAAAGUAAUAGAUCAUGUUUUAUCUCAUACCUAUCAUGAUGGUUUGUACGAUUAAUUUUGGAUGUUGAUAAACAGUUAAUAUUGUUUGUUGUCGUUUUUCCUUGCAGGAAACUGUAGUUGUGUAUCAUUUGGUUAAAGCGUGUGCAGGAGGCUAAUUUUAUGAUCUCUUCUACUUUUGACAUUCAAAAACAAACUUGAAUCAAAUGUUCAUUGUUUAGAUUAAAGGAGACAUAUUAAACCACCAGGUGCGAGUGUGACAAGCCUUACAAGCCGUUUCGAAAAUCUGCCCCAUAUGACAUCACUAGUGGGCGUGUCCACCUAGAUCUGUGCUGGAUAGAUCAGUCUAUCAGCCUUGCCAGUGGACUGAAGUAAACGUUAAGAAAAUGUCCUUUGAAAACCCAACGUGCAUACUUGGGGGGUAUUCCAUCAAAGUCGCUAACGAAAGCGGCGCUUAGUUGAUUAAGCCCGGUUAGAACUAACUCCAACUUCCACUUGAGGCUAAAGCUGUUCCGUCCUCCCAGUUCAGCCGCGCCUUGCUCAGGUUAGUUCAAGCCAGGCUUACGUUAUCAUGGCUCACGCGCGCUCACGAGAUAUGUUACCAGCCCAGAACCGUGAAUGUUUAAUCAUGGAUCAAAUGUCCAAAAAGGACCGAGCGGGAUCUUUUCCAGCGGCGAACAGAGGCUACAUGUGGAGGUCUAUGAGGAGUACAAGCAUAUAAUAACUCAAUAAGGGAACAACGAUUCAUAAAAACAGAGAGGCCGCCUGCCAAUAAAGUCGCCGAUCUUUUGAAUGAAUAAGUACUAUUAAGCGUAACAUUAUUAAAUGUAAUAUUGACUGCACAUCCAAAAUCAGGGAGAUAGUCUCGAAGUAACGCGUCAGGCUUGCACCCGGUCGUCAGGGGUUCAAUCCCCACCUAAUGAGUGGUGUAGGAAGGAUUACUGGGGAAAUCCGAAAACGUUUCAAGCCGUUCAUUUUCCAUUUCUUUGAAUAUUCUAAAUUCACUGACCUUUUUCUUGGCUGCCUGCCGAGAAUCUCACCUGAUGGAAUUUAUGUGACUGCGGUGGGCGCUGAUUGUUCAGGGGUACAACCAUGUGAUUAGUCACAAGAAGUACUCCGAGAAUGUGUGUGCGGAUGCCCUUUUGAGUGUGAUGUUGUUGUGCAGUCAUCAGGCCUUGAUAUCUUGCACCCGUCUCCCCGUUGUAACCCACUCCGUUGUCUGUCUGGACAUUUAUUUAUAAUGGGCUUGGUACGCCAUAGGGGUUUGGGUGAAAAGGUGAGAUGCCCUUGGGAUUAAACUAUCACAUAGUUUUCCUAUAUUAUCACAUCAGGUUAGAAGCGGGGACCGCCCUCUGUAUGUAUUAGCCUAGGUUGUGUGUUCACUAGUAGUUGUCACUUUAUUUUUGCUUUCUUUGAUUUGGCUCCGCUUAUAGUUCCCCAUUCCCCUUGGCACAUUUUUCCUAUAAUACAUUUCUAAUAAAUACACCUGU